UGCGUGAGUGUGCGUGCCAAACCAGAACCGUGGUCUUUUUUUCUCCUCACAAGUGCAGAGUCCACUGGCUUUCAACAUGAUUUUAAGACGAUUCUAGCGGCUUUUCCCCUCCCCUUUGCUCCACACACAACCGCCCAUACCCGGACUAUUCAAACCGUGAAAGAGAUGCGCCCAGAUCAACGUGGAUACAUUGUCCGGCUGGCACCGCGGGGAGAGCGGAGCAUGUAACCGGGAGAAACGCACAGGCGGCGGCACCUGACACUCUCUCUCUCUCGCUCUCUGUUUCCAUAAUACUAGAGGCGUCUUGAUGUGUUGACUGUGCUUUUCUCAUUGUUUUGGAUACUAUCUUCCUGCAAAAUGAGCGACGAGGUGUCAGAGGUCCCCAAAGAGCUUCUGGAGAGCGUGAGGGAUGCUGUGGGGAGGAAGGUGAAGCUGUCGCUGAGGAAGAGAGUCAAACUGGAGAUCAAAGGAGACAAGACGGAGAACAGAGUCCUGGCCCUGGCGUCUCAUCGAGCCUACCUCCUGACAGCGCGCAUUCCCGCCAAGGUGGAACACACAUUUAACUAUUUGGAGAUCCAGGGGAUUGCUUGUAACAAGCCUACACAGCUCUCUGUAGAGUACGAGCGCGGUUCCUUCUCUCUGAAGCUGCUCUCCACAGAGGAGGUCAAUGAGGUGGUCGCUCACAUAGGAAACUGUCUGCUCAGGAUAUGUCCUGGACUACCACCUGGAAAGGUGAUGAAGAAGCUAUGCAUGGACCCCCCAGACAGACUGAGCUCUCUGCAGACGCUAUGGGAGAACAACAAGCCUGCUGAACCUGGACCCUGUGGUGGGUUUUCUCAGAUGUACAGAUGUGUGUGUGACUGGCUGGGCCUGCCUUACAGAGAGGAAGUGCAGUGGGACGUGGACACCAUCUAUCUGACACAAGACAGCCGAGAACUCAACCUGCAGGAUUUCAGCCAUCUGGAGAACAGGGAUUUGGUGGCCAUCAUUGCAGUCCUGGAGUUCAACCAGUGGUUCACCAAGCUCUCCACCAAGGACUACAAACUGUCUGCAGAUGUGUGUGAGCAGAUCCUCCGCGUGGUGUCCCGCUCCAGUCGGCUGGAGGAGAUCGUUCUGGACAACGCUGGACUCAAAACUGACUUUGCCCAGAAGCUCGCUGCUGCCCUGGCCCAUAACCCAAGCUCAGGACUCACCACCAUCAAUCUUGCCAACAACCCACUGGAGGACAGAGGUAUCUCCUCGCUGGGUGCUCAGUUUGCCAAACUUCGCAUGGGGCUCAAGCAUUUAAACUUCUCCAAAACCUCACUAACGCCCAAAGGGGUGAACAGCCUUUGCCAGUCACUGAGUGCCAACCCGUCCAUCCCCAGCAGCCUGGUCCAUCUGGACCUCUCAGGGAAUGUCCUCCGAGGAGACGACAUGCAGCAUUUCUACCACUUCCUGGGUCAGCCCAACAGCCUGGCAACCCUCGACCUCUCCAACACCGACUGCUCAUUGGACCAGGUCUGCUCUGCUCUGCUGCGAGGCUCAGUCCAACACCUCUCUGUUCUCAAUGUUUCAAAGAGCAUCUUCCCUCACAGGAAAGGCAAAGAGGUGCCCCCGUCGUUCAAGCACUUCUUCAGCAGUGCCAUGUCUCUCAGCUCCAUCAACGUAUCAGGAACCAAGCUGCCGCCAGAGGCUCUCAAAGCUCUGCUGCUCGGCCUGGCCAGUAACCCCAAUCUGAAGGAAGUCUCUCUAGACCUCAGCUGCUGUGAACUUGGCCAUUGUUUGCGGUCAGGAGGUUCUCAGAUCCUAGAAGGCUGUAUUGCUGAGAUCCCUAACAUCUCCAACCUGGAUAUCUCCGAUAACGGCCUGGACUCAGACCUGUCCACUCUGCUGGUUUGGUUGGCGAAAAACCGUUCUAUCAGACACUUGUCACUGGGCAAGAACUUCAACAACAUCAAGUCCAAAAACCUCGCUCCAGUGUUGGACAACUUGGUCCACAUGAUUCAGGAGGAGGAGUCGCCCCUCACCUCUCUGUCUCUGGCAGACUCCAGACUAAAGAGCGAUCUGACGAUUGUUCUAAACGCCCUCGGCAGCAACUCCUCUCUCACCAGGCUUGACAUCAGCGGCAACGCCAUGGGGGACAUGGGAGCCAAGAUGCUGGCCAAGGCACUGCAGAUCAACUCCAAACUCAGGACAGUGAUCUGGGACAAGAACAACACCAGCCCUCAGGGUCUGCAGGAUGUAGCAGCUGCUCUGGAGAAGAACUUCACCAUUCGUUUCAUGCCUAUUCCUAUCAUCGAUGCCUCCCAGGCUCUGAAGGCCAGCCCUGAGAAGACGGAGGAUGCCCUGCUCAAGAUUGAGAACUAUCUAUACAGGAACCAUGAAACCAGGAAGUACCUCCAGGAACAGGCCUAUCGGCUUCAGCAGGGCAUCGUCACCACAACCACACAGCAGAUGAUUGACAGGAUUUGUGUGAAGGUGCAGGACCACUUGAACUCUCUGAGGAACUCAGAGACAGACGCCGUUCUGGAGGACGUCAAGUCAGCGGAGAACCUCAUCAAAGAUGCCAGGAACUCUAAAACGCUCCUCCCCAACCUUUACCACCUCGGAGCAGCUUCCAGAGAGGAGAUGAACGGCUCCUCGGUGGGAGCCAUCCAGGAGAAGCUGGAGUCCAUGGCCGGGGAGGUGACGACCGUCAUGGACCAACAACUACAGACUCUGUUGGAAUCUAUGGUAGACGCAGCAGAAGCUUUGUGUCCUCACGUGAUGAAGAGGAGCAGUCUUCGUCAGGAGCUGAUGAAGUCCAGCACGGCCAAGAUGGUGGUACCGAGGAGCUUCGUCACCAAAACUCUCCUGGAGCAGUCCGGAGUUGAUAUUAUCAACAAGAUCAGUGAGGUGAAGCUGAGUUUGGCGUCCUUCCUGUCUGACCGUAUCGUUGAUGAAAUCCUAGACGCUCUCUCCACUUCACAACACACUCUGGCAGACCAUCUGGUGCGUCGAGGUCGCCCCCUGGUGCAGCAGGAGUCAGUGGAUCUGGACGUCCCGGAGGAGAAAGUUCCCAAACGGGCAUCGACCGAGAUACUGGAGGCUGAGAGGCUGGAGGAUCUGGAGACAUGCAUGAUGACACCUAAAUCCAAGAGGAAAAGUAUCCACAGCAGAAUGCUGAGGCCAGUGUCUCGUGCCUUUGAGAUGGAGUUUGACCUGGACAAAGCCUUGGAGGACAUCCCUGUCCAUGUGGAGGAUACACCCGCUUCAUCUCAUACCCCACCCACCCCGUCACAGGCCCCGCUCAAGCUGGAGAAGCGUCCUUCAGGAGCGAUGGGAGAGCUGCCAUCUGAAGAGGGAAAAAAGCUGCAGCACUACACCAAACUGCGACCCCGCAGGAACAAGAAAACACAGUCCAGCAAAAUACCUCAAAUCAGCAGUGCUCCAUCUCAGGAUGGUGAGCAGAACGGCCUCAUGGGAAGGGUGGAUGAGGGCGUGGAUGAGUUUUUCUCCAAGAAGGUCACCAAGAUUGAUUCCAAACGUGCUCCCUUGAAGAGCGCAGACUCUCAGGACGGAGAGAAAAAGAAGAGCAAAGGAGGAUUCCUCAACCUCAUCAAAUCACGCUCAUCCAAAUCUGAUAAAUCAGACAAAUCAGAUAAGUCAGAUAAAUCAGAUAAAUCAGACAAAUCGGACAAGUCGGACAAGUCAGAGAAAAACCAGGCGGCCCCUCCGUCCUCUGUACUGACGACUGCAGCCUCGGCCCCAACCUCCACCAUCCCAGAGGAGCCCUCCUCACCGAAAGUGGGAGUAAAGAGCCCAGCGCCGGAGCCAAAGUCCAGAGACGCCUCCAUUCGCUCACAGCCCACAGACUACAGCAGCAGCUCAGACCGCUCAGAGGAGCUCAGGACUCCAGACUCCAUAGACGAGCCCUGGGAGGGUUCUGACGGCCGGGGCAGCCCGCAGGGGGGCAGGCGCUACCCGGGCUUGCAGAUGAUGGGCAGCGGCCUCCUGGCAGAGAUGAAGGCCAAGCAGGAGAGGAGAGCUUACAAGUCCUCCAGCCCUGACCGACCUGACAGCAAUGCAUCAGCCAAGCCCCAGCCCACCCCUGCAGAAAACAAAUCUCCCAGUGGCUCUAUUAAUAAGCCUGACCCUCUGGCGAGCAGUUCUCCAGAUAAGACUCCCCCCCGUGGGGAGGCCAAGCCUGAGACGGCCCCUCGUCUGCGGGCAACCUCGUCCUCCACUUCCCCUGGUGGACCAGUCAGCCCCAAACCUCCCGUGCCCCAGGGAGCUAAGCCUGCCCUGGCUGCCCGGCCCACCAUCCCACAGAAGCCAAGGACUGCCAGCAGCAGGAGCAUAGACGAGAGCCCCGACUCCCCCAGCAGCGGCAGCGUGUCUCCUAAAAUUGCACUUCUCCCUCCCACCCUGAAGAGGACGCUGUCAGAGAAGGAAAAGGAGGGCCAGCAGGGAGGCUCUGCCAACAAGACUUCAGCCGCUCAGGAAGUGAGGACGGCGUCUGUGGACUCGGUUCAGCGUCCCAGCCCGCUCCGUAUCAACUCUGAGGAUCACGGCUUCUUCAAGACCAAGGAUCAUUCCCCCAACCGGGACAAAGACAAGGGAGCAGGCACGAAAUCAUCAGACUCUGGGGAAGAGGCAGACAAAGACUUCAUUUUAAUAUGAGUAAAAUCUACAGCAAAAAGCUGUCAACAGGCCUCAUAUGAUUUCCUAAAAAAAAAAAAAAAAAAAGCAACUGAUGUGAAACAUAACAGAUAUGCUUUCAUUUGUAUUGGAAGUGUUGAGAUCAUAAAUAGGUGCGAUGUGACCCAUAAACCUCAAGGUUGACCUCAUGAUUGGGUCACAGCAAGAGCAGCUGUGGCGUCAGGUAUUACCAUUAAUGAUCCUAAUAACAUUUAAUUUGAUUAUAUGUGGUCGAAUCAUUGGUAGAUAUUAACACUCCCUGUUAGAUAACAGUUCCCCUGUUGUUCAUACUGCAUCACUAAGUAAACACACACUGAGCUAGCUUUCCCAAGAGCUUCCUUCUCACAAAUAGCCUUUCUCUCAAUCUAGUAUCCAGCCUGUUCCUUCUCUCUGCUGUUAGGUGAAAAUCUCAUUUCUCCAAAUGAAUAAGCUUUUCAGGAUUUGAGGGAAAGAAACCUAAAAAUUCAGCUCGGGCAUGUAUUUUUGCAGUCCUGGAUGGGUCACAAAAAUUAUUCACCCCAUAAAAGUCCUUCUAUAAUAGAAGCAUGUAAACCACUAGAAUGGAGAUAUGAUGCUUUCAGGAGACAGCAGAAUUUUGAUACAAGCAGCCGUGGCAUCAAACCCAAAAGACUGAGUGCAGACCUAAAGUCACUUUCUCAAACCUAAAGAAUCAAACUUUGUGUCACCUAUAGCCUGCAGUAGCUUGUCUCCCAGGGACCAAACACAUAACAAUUAUCACUGUACUGUACUUUAACUCUAGUAUACAACCAGACCUGGGCCCAGUAGGAUUUUUCUCCUUCUAUAUAUUUGUAUAGAAGUUUUCUAUUUGCUAUAUAUGUGCAAGUUACUUUUUGCUUUGUAUACUGUUUUUUCUCCUGCCUUCAGGGGUUACUGAAGCCAUUAUGCAAUUCAUCUUUUAACAGGAAAAUACAGGUUCAGCUGAGAAUCUCAGCGCUCACAUAAAUCAACCACACACACACACAUGAAAUCGGUUUGAUUUAGCUUGCCUAAAAGUGCAAAACUAAGAGUCAUUCGGGGUGGUGAUUGGAUUCUUCACUCGAGGACUUUUAGUCGCCAAACCAGCAAUAAUGUCCUCGUUGACUUUGUUGGCAACUUUCCUGAGCUUCUGUGUGACUUUUUAAGCAGGUAUCUCGCCCAUUCAUGACUCUUGAAUGGAGGAAUUAAUACAACUAAAAAGCCUCAAAAGCGCAUGUCCCAACCUCCUGGGUGUCCAGGCAAACUAAAUCAAGCUCCUCAACUUUGUCUGUCUCUUACGUGUGAGAGAGUUGGAGUGACCAUAUGAAGUGUUGCUGAGAGGACUGUGGUACACUUACAG